AUGGGUGGAUCUUCAUCUUCAUCACCAACGUCUUCUUCUCCGAUAAAGAGAGGAAAGAAUAAGAAUGGUUCUGAUAAGCCUAAGCAGCCGCAAAGGGGUCUCGGCGUAGCGCAGUUAGAGAAGAUCAGAUUACACAGUGAAUAUAAUUGCAACAGUUUCGAUACUUAUCCUUCUUAUCAUCCAUCAACGUUCAGUCACCAGGAGGAUGUGAGGAUUCAAGGAGGAUAUCCAUUUAUAUCAUCUUCAUCACCAUCAUCGGCUCAUUAUGGCUUUCCUCCAAACAUGAUGAUGCAUGCAAGUAAUGAUCAAUACGAGAGAACAACCAUAAGAUACGGAGAUUCUCAGCCUUACAUUGCACCAAGUUGGGACCCGAGCUACGGUGUUUUGGAGAGCCAACAUUUUGCGGAACCAAACAUAACCCGACACUUAUUACAUGAGGAUCCGAGAAAUAAACCCUUGGGAUCAGGUAUUCAGAACUUCGACACGAGUGACGCAACUGAGCCAGAUUUGGAGUUGAGAUUGUCACUUUGA